UUAAAUUUGCCUUCUUUUUUUAUUCAAUGAUUAAAUUUGUCGCUAGUCAUCCAGGUUCACAAUGACGAUGACUUUCAUUAAAGAAUCCAUCUGAGCAAGAACCAGCACGUGACGUGUACGCGCCGUAGCACCUCAUUUCUGAUAGGAUGAAAUCUGCAGUUCACAAUUCCUUGCAUCAGUGUUUGAAGGAGAACCAUCCGUGUAUCCUCGGUUGGGUGGAGAAGUACUUCAACGAUUGCCUUUGCAACAUCAGAGAUGAAUUCUCCUUCGGUUUUGGAAUGGCAAGCGUCGUCUGCUGGGGAGUCGCCGAACUCCCUCAGAUCAUCACUAACUUCAGGACCAAGUCCAGUCAUGGCGUCUCCUUGCUCUUCCUUGUCACUUGGAUUACCGGCGAUGUAUUGAACCUUGUGGGUUGCCUUCUCGAGCCUGCCACGUUGCCAACACAGUUUUACACUGCUGUGCUUUACACCACCACCACAGUGGUGCUCUUUCUUCAGAGCCUGUACUACGAUUACUUCUUCAAAUGGCGGCGAAGCAGACAAUCCAGGGAAUCAGACCAGGAGGUUGAAGAUGUGAAGAAGCCUCUGCGACCACAAAAGCAAGCUAAUGAAGGCAUUCCUAUCCCCACAACCGCCAGGGAACCAUAUUAUUACACGUCAGCAAGAUCAAUGGCUGGGAGCAUGACGCCGCCCAUCUGGUCGCAGCUUCGGCCCAUAAAGAGUGGUCCUUCUGCACUUGUGAUAGACAAUGAUUCCUCCUCUUCUGAGGAUGAUGAGGCUAAUGCAGUUUCAGACAGCAGAACUGUCACCAAGCCUCAGACACUCCCCACAUCUGCCCGAUAUGGAGCUUUUUUUGCUACAGCAGCCAUAAUGCCCAGAGAAUCAAGUGCAAUACUGAUCCAAGCUUAUGCUGGAUUCACAGGAAGGAAAUUGCUGCUCAUGCAGCAGGAUGAAUCCGGAAGUGUGUUCGGUCAGUGGCUGGGGUGGAUAAUGGCUGCCAUAUACAUGACUGGGAGGCUACCUCAAAUAUGGCUGAAUAUUAAAAGAGGAUCUGUUGAGGGACUGAAUCCUUUCAUGUUUAUCUUUGCGAUCCUCGGCAAUGCAACAUAUGUCGCCAGCAUUCUUGUAAGGUCGAUAGCAUGGGAUAAGAUCAAAGCCAACAUGCCUUGGCUACUGGACGCCGUGGCUUGUGUCCUCCUCGACUUAUUCAUAAUGGUGCAGUAUGUUUAUUACAGAUACUUCCGCAGGCAGAGAGGAAUGACUUGAUUUUAGAGUGAGAGAGAGAGACAGAGAGAGGGAGUUGGGUUUUGUUCAUUUCCGGUUGUUGAUGGAUGUUUGGGAGGGACCAGCAUUGAAAUUGCAAGCAGGCCAACUUAACUGUUCCUCAAAUUAUUCAAUUUUCUUUUUCUUGGAAAGAUCUUACCAAUACAUAAUAAAGUUUGUAGGUAUGAUUCGUCUUUCUACCCGUGUAUGAAUAAUUAUGAAUUCAUUCUUGAUUUCAUUUUAAUUUCAGUUGGAUUGGAUUGAA